UUAUUGCAACCUGUGGGAAGCUGGUUAAACCCCAAACGAAAACGCCCCGGUUCGCGCCAUUGAACUCCCAAAGUUGCAUCCGCCGGAAGAACAGCGGCGCUGGCACGACGUUUGGAGGGUCUAUUGGAAGUUUGUCCUCUUUCCUUUGAGGAGAUUUAGGCGUCUUAUGCGUUUGUAGAUUAUUGAUCUUUCCUUUUUGUUUUCGAGAGAGCUGAGUGGAAAGAUUCAACUUCUGUUAUGAUUUCUUGAACUGCGUGGUUGGGAUAGGAGUACAGAAUUGGGUUCGUAAGAGGCAUUCAUCCGUGCUUUUAGACCUUCCAACGAGCGAUAGCAAAACCCAACGUUCCAACUUCCAAGCAGAGUUGCAACAAUUUUGGGGUCUGGUUGCAGCAAUCUAAUUCUAAUUAAGAAUGAGCAAGAGGCCGCCGCCUGAUCCUGUGGCAGUUCUAAGAGGCCACCGUGCUUCUGUCAUGGACGUUUGUUUCCAUCCAUCCAAACCCUUUCUAUUUACUGGCGCAGCAGAUGGUGAGCUGCGUAUUUGGGACAUGGUCAAACAUCGGACAGUAUCAUCAGCUUGGGUGCACAGUGCUGCACAUGGGAUUAUUUGUGUUGCUGCUAGUCCUUCAAUUGGAAAUAACAAAUUUGUCAGCCAGGGUAGGGAUGGAACUGUGAAGUGUUGGGAUAUUGAAGAUGGAAGUUUGGCCAGGACACCUUCUGUUACGAUCAAGACAAAUUCUUACCACUUUUGCAAGCUUUCUUUAGUGAAGCAGUCUUCUUCCUCUGAGCAGCAGGACGAAGGAUGUAAUCGCUGCUAUGAUAUCAAGGCAAGUGGAACUUUGGAUACAGGCAUUCUGGAUGACAGUGGAGGGGAAUCUAUAGAAAGUUUAGCAACCAAUUCCUGCACUACUGAAGAUAGAGUGCAUGCUGAAGGACCAAAAUACAUAGCCUUAGCAGGGGAGCAGUCAUCUGAGGUUGAGAUUUGGGAUCUCAAUAAUGCAGAAAGGUUUGUGCGGCUGCCUCAACAUAGCACUGGUGGGUCCUUGAAACAUUCUACAAAGGCUAGAGGAAUGUGCAUGGCUGUUCAAGCAUUUAUACCAACAGAGUCACAGGGAUUUCUAAAUGUCUUGUCUGGUUAUGAGGAUGGAACCAUGCUCUGGUGGGAUGUAAGGAAUCCAGGAGUUCCGGUGUCAUCUGUGAAGUUUCAUUCAGAGCCAGUUUUAAGCCUGUGCAUUGAUGGGUCAUGCAGAGGGGGUAUCUCUGGAGCUGCAGAUGACAAAAUUGUCUUAUUCAGUCUGGAUUAUCAGAUGGGAUCUUGUGUGGUCAAGAAGGAAAUUAGUCUGGAGCGCCCUGGCAUAGCAGGCACGUCAGUACGGCCUGAUGGGAAAAUUGCAGCAACUGCUGGCUGGGACCACAGUGUAAUGCCAUCACAUUCUCAGCUGAUUGUAAGCUAAUUGCAUCUUCGUCUGAGGAUGCAACAGUUGCUCUGUGGGAAAUUUAUCCCCCUCAAACUUGAAUGGUAAUUUCAUCGGUACCUAUUUGUUCUGAGCAAGGCUUUUGUAGAUUUCUCAGUCAACGGCAUGGCCAGAACUUGAAGCUGUGUUGUAUGUACAAAGACCCCUUCUUAUACAUUGCUAUACUGCUGCCUUCAAUUGCUGCAAACGAAAUAGGUCUUCAUGUUUGAGAGUGCUGUUAGAUUCAAUUCAAGUAUAGCUGGUAAUCAAUCUGAUCAUGACUCCACAUUGCUCAAAA